AAACGAAAAUAGUUGUUUUUUACGUUUUUUAACGGAUGCAGGCCAAGAAUGGAUGACGUAGCCAGUGUUCAGCUAGAAAAUGAAAAUUUACGGAAAAUUCGGUCUCGACUUCUGUUAUGGGAUGCAAAAAACAAUGCACUUGCCGCAUUAAAUGUCACACAAGAUGAAUGUUUGGAGCAAAUCAAUUCAAUUUGGUCCCAGGAAGCUGAGUUGCCCUCAUUGGAGCACUCCAAACUUGAAGUGAAGACUACUACAAAUGACUCUGACAUAAAUUCCUUGUCUCUUAGCACUUUGCAGCAGUCACUGCCACCGGGAAUCGAUACCACACACGAUUUCCUGAUGCUGUAUGAUCGUGUGCACGCAGAGAUUCAUGAAAACAGCAAUGUGGUGUCGCAUCGCUACUUGCAGCAGUUGAUCACAAGAAGCACUGAAUGCAAGCGUAUGCUGACACAAAUUGAGGCUGCCAUGGGUCGUUUGAAGACUUUGCGUGAAGAGUAUGCUUUUGUAUCGGAAAAAACGGAAGCUCUAAACAGUGCUAGUGAACAGCUGAUUGAGGAGCAGGAAAAAUUACAAUCAUUGGGUGAUGAAAUACAUAAGCGUUUGCAUUAUUUUAAUCAAGUGGAACUUUUAAAUCAACGUCUGCACAGUCCCACACUCUCAGUGGCCUCAGAGUCAUUUCGGGAGUGUUUGUCAAAGAUUGAUGAAUGUUUGACGUACUUGAAGGAACAUCCUAAAUUUAAAGAUUCUCCUGCUUUUAUCAUAAAAUACAAACAUUGUUUAGCCAAGGCAGUCACUCUGGUUAAAAACUAUGUCAACACAGUUAUGUCCCAAGCUACAGAAGCCACUUUGCACCCUAAACAGAAUAGCACAGUUACGGGUAGUAGUGGCCAUGAAGCCUCUAUUACCUCUCCAGAUGCAGCUUUUGCUCUCUACUAUGGCAAAUAUCAAACAUCUGCCGCCAAGGUUAAACGAGUUUCACAAAUGAUUGAAUCUCGCGUACAGGUAUGUCCGGAGUAUGCAAAUCUUUUGUCAGAGUUGCAACAGAACUAUUUAAACGAAAGGGCCACUAUAAUGACGCCCGCCGUUGAUAAAGCCAUUAAGGAUAUAAAGACUCAACAUAAAGGAGAUCAUUGUGCUUUAAUGCGUAGCUCGUGUGCGUUUUUAGUGCAUAUAUGCCAGGACGAGCAGAGAUUGUACUAUCAGUUCUUUGCCCACGAAAGCGAGCAAUUAACGUCUUAUCUGGAGGGUUUGUGUAAUAUUUUGUAUGACACCAUGCGUCCGUUUAUUAUUCACAUAAAUCAUUUGGAAACAUUGGCUGAAAUUUGCUCAAUAUUAAGAAUUGAGAUGUUGGAGGAACAUGUCCAGCAAAAUCCCACUGCUUUGGAAGCAUUUGCUACUAUUGCCAAUCAAUUGCUGCAAGAUGUUCAGGAACGUUUGGUGUUUAGAGCUCAUUUGUAUUUACAAUCUGAUAUCCUAAAUUAUAAUCCUUCGGCAGGUGAUUUAGCUUAUCCCGAAAAAUUAGAGAUGAUGGAGAGCAUAGCUUUAUCAUUGCAAGAUCCUCCUCAAAUACGUCGCUUUGAUUCAAGGUCCUCAUUGGUAUCAACAACUUCAAAUAUUACGGAAGCUGAAAGUGUCGAUACAAGUGUCAGUCGUGUGAGAAAUAUGAAUUCACCAGCUGAUAUGCACGGUAUGUGGUAUCCCACAGUAAGACGUACAUUGGUUUGUUUAUCACGUCUUUAUCGCUGUGUUGAUAGACCAAUAUUCCAGGGCUUAUCUCAGGAAGCCCUAAAGCAUUGUAUUCAAAGUGUAUCGGCGGCAGCAACUAAAAUAUCUCAAUCAAAGACUCCCAUAGAUGGUGAACUAUUCGAAAUUAAACAUUUACUAAUUCUAAGAGAACAAAUUGCUCCCUUCCGUGUCGAUUUUACAGUCAAAGAAACUUCUUUAGAUUUCAGUAAAGUGAAAACUGCUGCUUUUGGUCUAUUGCAGAAGCGCAAGCAAUUGUUUUCCAUGGGCAGCAAUAAUGCUUUGCUAGAGUUCUUACUAGAAGGUACGCCACAAAUUAAGGAACAUUUAUUGGACUCACGCAAAGAAGUGGAUCGUCAAUUGAAAUUUGUAUGUGAAAAGUUUAUCAAGGAUUCUCUACAAUUAUUGGCAGCGCCUCUGGUAACGUUCCUGGAUAAAGCACAGUCAGUGAUAAAUAACGCAGCAACUGUAGUAAACAAGGACCAGCAGCAGCAGUCACAACAAAAUAAGAUAAACUAUACCCUAAGGCAAAGUACCUGGGCUAGUCCUCAACAAAUUAGCAGUGUUAUACAAGAGACACAGCGUUUGAUAAAGAGCAAACUGCCCAUAUUACAAAGAUCCAUGCAAUUGUAUUUAAGCAACCGUGAUACGGAAUUUAUCAUAUUUCGGCCCAUAAGAAACAACAUUAUACAAUCCUUUGUCAAAUUGGAGCAGUUACUAACAACCAAUGGCUACAGUCCCGAUGACAUGACUAUAACUAGUUGUCCUUCCGCCGAGCAGGUCUCAAUAAUAUUAUCCAGCGCUAGUAUUUUAGCAGCCGAUGCCAUGAUUAAUUUUUCAGCAGCUCAACGCAAAGCGAGCAUUACUUCAACAGACACCAGUAUUUUGCCACACACAUCUGCGCCCUUAGAGCCAGCCAGAAAACUUUCCUUAGACAAGAAAGUUAGUUUUGAGGGACCAACCUCGCUAAAUGCCAUGGAAAAUUUGCCUGAGCUAACAGAAUCUUCAGGCAAUAAUAGCAGUGUUACCUCACCAACAGCUCGAUCGCCAGAACCUGCUCAAAAUAUACAGAUAUCAACAAGCAAUGACGUGGUCCCUACACCUGAGUAGUUAGGAGACAAACAUUUAUUUCACUUAUAAUUAUACUUUAUUUUUAUUAAACUACACAAUAAAACAUACAAAUAAUAUAAAUAAUGUUACACAAAUCAAA